UCACCAUCUUCCUUAUCCACGCUUAAAGGCUCGCGUUUGUACACACAAACAGAGUCAAAUAUUUCUGCGCAGAAGCUUCAAACAGAGCUCACCAAUGGGCUGAAACAGAGUAACAUAUAACAUUUACGAGAAAAAAGAUGGAGUCUUCUCUCUUUCUCCAAUCUCCCUCCUCUUUCUCGUCUCUCCUCACAGCAAAGUCCAAACCUUUUCCCUCUCCUAAACCCAGAUUCGUCUCCAUCAAAGCCUCCAUUGAGAAACCUAAACCAAAACCCAAACCCAAAUCGUGGGUCAGCCCCGAUUGGCUCACGUCACUCACUCGCACCAUCACCUCGGGCCAAAACGACGAUUCAGGUAUACCAAUAGCGAGCGCGAAGCUGGACGACGUCUCGGAGCUUCUCGGAGGAGCUCUCUUCUUGCCGCUCUACAAAUGGAUGAACGAGUACGGACCCAUCUACCGUCUCGCCGCUGGUCCUCGUAACUUCGUGGUGGUCAGCGAUCCAGCGAUCGCGAAACACGUUCUCAGAAACUAUCCUAAGUACGCUAAAGGGUUAGUCGCUGAAGUCUCCGAGUUCCUCUUCGGGUCGGGUUUUGCGAUCGCCGAAGGACCUCUUUGGACGGCAAGGAGAAGAGCGGUAGUUCCGUCACUUCACAAGAGGUACUUGUCUGUGAUUGUGGAGAGAGUGUUCUGCAGAAGUGCAGAGAGGCUCGUUGAGAAGCUGCAGCCUUAUGCAGUGGAGGGAAAAGCUGUGAACAUGGAAGAGAAGUUCUCUCAGUUAACUCUCGACGUUAUUGGCUUAUCGCUUUUCAACUACAACUUCGAUUCGCUCACUACCGAUAGUCCUGUCAUCGAAGCUGUUUACACUGCUCUCAAAGAAGCUGAGCUUCGUUCUACUGAUAUUCUACCCUAUUGGAAGAUUGAUGCAUUGUGUAAGAUAGUUCCGAGACAAGUGAAAGCUGAAAAGGCUGUGACUUUGAUAAGGGAAACAGUUGAGGAUCUCAUUGCCAAAUGCAAAGAGAUUGUGGAAAGAGAAGGUGAAAGAAUCAAUGAUGAAGAGUAUGUGAAUGAGUCUGACCCAAGUAUCUUGCGGUUCUUGCUUGCAAGCAGAGAAGAGGUGUCAAGUGUGCAGUUACGAGAUGAUCUUCUCUCAAUGCUUGUUGCAGGUCAUGAAACCACUGGGUCUGUUCUCACUUGGACACUUUAUCUCCUAAGUAAGAGCCCAUCUGCAUUGGCGAAAGCACAAGAGGAAGUAGACAGAGUUUUAGCCGGGAGAAACCCGGCUUAUGAGGAUAUAAAGGAGUUGAAGUACAUCACUCGUUGUAUUAACGAGUCCAUGCGUCUUUACCCUCAUCCUCCUGUCUUGAUUAGAAGAGCUCAAGUUCCAGACGUCCUUCCAGGGAACUACAAGGUUAAUACAGGACAAGACAUUAUGAUCUCGGUCUAUAACGUCCAUCGUUCAUCCGCGGUGUGGGAGAAAGCUGAAGAGUUUCUGCCUGAACGCUUUGAGUUAGAAGGACCGAUCCCUAACGAAACAAACACAGAUUUUAAGUUUAUACCGUUUAGUGGAGGGCCUAGGAAAUGUGUAGGUGAUCAGUUUGCAUUGAUGGAAGCAAUAGUGGCACUUGCGGUCUUUCUCCAGCGCCUAAACGUUGAGCUUGUUCCUGAUCAGACCAUCAGCAUGACCACUGGAGCUACCAUACACACCACUAAUGGAUUGUAUAUGAAGGUGAGCCAGAGGUAAGCUAGAAAUGUCGAAGAUGAAGUUUGAAUCUGUUUUCAUCUGUGUUUUAUGAUUAUUGAUUAAGUUGUGAUCAUCAUGAUUCAAUCUUUUUGUACUAAUGAACAGCCUAUUCCAAAUAUAUAUCCCAUUACGCUCUGGUGA